AUGACGGCUGGCGCACUGCCGUUUCUGAUUCUCGGCUGCGGGGCGGAGAUGGGCUUCAUUCUCCACACCCGCCUCAUUGCCCAGAAGGUUGAGCAGGAAAAGGCCGAGAUGGUGAUGAAUGAUGUCGUGACGCAUAUGUUUAGUCCAGAGUUCCUGGCAGAGCUCUUCCGCCCACAGCCGCUCUACUCCUACGCGGCGGUGAAGGAGGUAUUCAAGUCGUUGGCAGAAACGUCCAUUAUGCACCUCUCUCCCGUGUCCAUGAACAAGCUGUUUGAGCUGAUGGCAAUGGGGAUGAAGUACCAGCUCUUCACCCUGCGCCAUCCGCUGGAACUGGUGGAGAUGACGUGGACACACCUGGAGGAGCUGGAGCGACUCCUUACGCCGCUGGCCCAGGCGAGGCUUUGCCCCGUCUUUGUCAUGCUGGAGGCUUUCUGCAGCCAGCUCUCGCAUGGAGACCUGGCGGAGAUUCGUAAGGAGCUACUGAACUUCUUUGUCGGCCGCAACACGCUCAUCUCGGUGCUCAUCAACGAGGGCAUGCAAUCGAAAACUGGGCAGUUUUUCUUGCCUGCAGACUACGCCCUUCCACCGCUCUCCGCCUGCGAGCCGCCUGGCAGCAUCCGUUACUUCAAAGGCGGGAAACUGGAAGCGUCAACGGUGUUUGAGCAUCAAGACGCCGCACUACGCCACCCGCCGUCGGUGCCGCCUGGCACCUGGGACCCGAUGAACCCAGCAACGCGGAUGACGAAGAAUGGGACAAAUAUGUACGCCCCAAGUCAGCACGCGGACUCGACGCAUACGGAAGCAAAGAUAUCGCCAUUGCCUUCGACGACCACGAGGACGACGUCGCCCGCGGCGGCCCCGUCGCCGGAGACCACGAGUGCGGUGACGGGAGAGUUGAACCAUUUAUCGCGGCUUGUGGGAUGUGGGCAGCCUGCCCCGCAGCAAACGUUUAAGCUGAGCCUCUUUGACGACAUGGACGAGGAUGGUUUGGAUGGCCGUGGAGCCGGCGCGAGAGUGGGUGGGGGCGCCGCGGGGACGUCGGGGGGCCCACCGGCGUCUUCCACGAGGCCUUUGACGCGGAUGACCAAAACCGAUGUGGAGUCGCAAAACAAGGAGUUGUUUAAUAUUAUGGACGGCCUGCGUGUGGACAGUGCAACUGUGCAGCUCUCGGCGAAGGGCGGCGAUUUGUUGGAAAUUAUGGAUGAGGAUUGA